UUCCGGGUAUGAUCAAGAUAUAGAAUUUCGACGAUUCUAAUGUUUUGGUGUUACGAUUAACAUUGGUGUCAUUCAGAAUGUCUGAUUGAUUACCAUUUGAUCAAUGCCAUAAUCAUUACAGACACAGAUAAUACAAUGGGAAACCCCACCGCUUUUUAAAAAGGAUGAUCUACAUGAAAAUGCAAUAGAAAAUGGCGGGAAUGCCUUUAAUUCCAGUGGAAUCUAGAAGUUUGCUGUUAACUGAUAUUGAAAGGGUUUAAAUACAUAUACCUGCUGGUAAAAUGUCAGCAGAGUAAAAUAAAAGGAGAUGGAGUUUUCUUGGAAUCUGUGUCAUCAUAUCCACAAAAUUUAUAUAUUGAUAAAAUAGACAUGCCACUUGUUUGUUGAAGGAGAAACAAAGUCAAGCUUUUUAUCUCAUGAAGUAUCCAGAGCAUAAGUUGUCAAUGGAAACGGCUUUGCCGUCAUCGGUACAAAGUUGGCUCGGGAAUGAACUGGAGAUAAGAGGUAUUGACUCUGUUAUUUACUCACGCUACAUAAUUCACCUGCUUCUUGAAGAUCAUGAUGAAGAAUGCAUGGAGUAUUUGGAACUUUUCUUCAAUCCAAGACUUAAUGUCAAAAGCAAAGUGAAAAGACGAAGACGUAGCCUAGAAGAAAAGAAAAAAAAGGCUGCCAUUGAAUGUCUUCAGGCUGUCUCAGAUGAGAAUUGUGGCAUUGAACAACUUGUAGAAGAGCUUUGCAUUAAAUUAAAAGAAUUAAGUCAGUCAUCAGGUUCUGAUGACACAGAUCAAGGAGACAGUAGUACCCCUUCCCUUAGUGAUGGAAGUUCUACUGAAUUGGAAGAUCCAGCUGAAAGAUAUUAUGCAGCAUUUCCUGCCCUUACUGGUCAAAAUGAAAAGUCACCAUUUUUUGAAAACUGUCUACAGAUGUCGAGUAUUUGGAGAGAUAACCCAUGGACCAAAGAACCACCAGAUAAACAACUUACUAAAAUGAUUAAAUACAAGAAGGCGCCUAAACAAAGAUAUGAACGGAAACAAAGGAAAAAGUCGUCGCCAAACUCUGCUAACUUAAAAAAGCAAACCCCAGAAAAACCUAUUCCAAAGCCAAAAUAUAAACCAAAUGAAAAUUUCCAUGCAAGAUUUAUGAGCUGGCCUCAAUCAGAAUUCGCUCCAGUCAAUAUUUUAGAUAAACAAACAAAUGAAGAAAAGAAGCUUUGUCAACAAGUAGAAAAUAUCCUCAAAGAAAUGCUCCUCCAUGGUCAUGAUAAGAAAUUCCUAGAAAGAUUUGAUAUUGACGGAUUCAUCAGUCCAGAACUUCAGGAAAAUGCCUUUUGGUACACUAAGCAGUUUGCUGAGUUGAUAACACCAAUCGACUCCGGUCAACGAUUAUAUGAAAGACACAGCUGCCCAUUCUUCCAUAACGAUGAUGUAUUUAUAGAUCCGGAUAAAGUAUCAGUCAAGGAUGAAACUGAACAGGUUCCACAGGAAGAUCAGUUUGGAUUGCAGGACUUGAUGAAAAACCAAGAGUUACAAACUGUAGCAGAAAGUGUCCUUCAGAAUGUAGAUGAAGAUUUUUCAAAGAAAGAAGAUGUGCUAGAAGUUCAAGCUGAAGAUCCAUACGAUAUGCACAAAGAUAUUGGGGGAUUAUUACUCUUAGACGGGGAAAUCUUACAGCCAAUUACAUCUCCGUAUGACAACCAAGGAGACUUUCCUGUCAUUGGUUUAAAUGAGCAUGAAGAUCUGUGGUCAACACUUGUAAAUCAAAGUGAGAACAACCUAACCUGUAAGCCUGGAAGGAAUUGGAAAGAUGAACAUAUAUCUCAGAUGGAACAUCAGAAUUUAUAUGAUUGUCCAGUUUUCCAAAGUCUUGAAAACCAAAUAGGUAAUGCUGAUGAAGUUUCUUUGCCUUCAUGGAUGUUUUCUGCCAAUAAAACAGAAAUGGAUGGUUUCAGAUGUGAUGAUACAGCAGGUCAAGAUAAUGAAAACUAUUCUCAACUUUGGGAUAUAAACAUAUGGAAUAAGCAGCAGAGAGAUAAUGGCAUGUUUCUAGAUGGAUUCAACUCUACUUUUGACGAUUUUAAAUCUGGAUUGAACCAACUACCAGACAAAGGUAAUAGAAAUAGUGGAGUAUUCAACAUCAACUUGAUAAAUGAAGGCAUGGAGUCAUUUGAUCUAUUGGAAGGGGACAAUAUAAAUACUUUAAUUCCAAAGAUAACCUUUGAACCCGAUGACCUUGAUGAACCGACCAAUGAACUUAAGGAUGAAGAUCAACAGAAUUUUCCGCGAACAUAUGAUCGCAGUAUUUCUUUGACAGAUGUACAUUUGCUGAAAUCUUUGAGAGAUAAUCAGUUAGCUUCUUCAGAUAAAUUAUCCAAAAGUUUUGAGUUGAUUCCAUCGAAUAACUCGGCUUUUAAAGAUGUUAUUCCAAGAAAAAUGACCCAUGUGCAGAGUGACUCCAAUAUUUGUUAUUUUAACUACUCUACCUUGAUUGAUUUUGAAGACAAUGUGCCUAAAGUUCAAAAUGAAGAAAAAAACGAGAACUUAUAUUUGUCACCUAAGACCCAUUUUCGUCCAAUUUCGGCAAAGGUGGAAGAGGAUUUAUCCGACUUACAUCUGAGAGAUCUAUUUGGUGGUUAUUCUUCCACUACAACUCCAUAUCAAAAGUUUGUAGAAGUUACUGACUCUGGAGAUGAAGAAUCAUUUAUUCCAAUGUUCAAAGUUUGUAGACAACAUGAUAAAAACAUACAGACAGGUUCAAGUUUUGAUGAUCAACCAGCAAACAAUGAGAAAAUGUCCUGUGUUGACAAAGGGAGACCACCUGAAGUUGUGGAAGAAGAAGAGGAAGAGGACCCAGAAUUCAUUCAAGACUUUGAUGUGUAUGGCUAUGUAGACAGUUUAACAGCAUCAGCACAAAAUACUCCUCAAAAUGUAUUGGACGUGGCUUGUAACACAUGCUUUGACUCGGGAUAUGAAGAGGCUAAUGAUGAUGAAAAAGUUCAAGAAGAAAAAAGUAACUGGCUUACUGUUAAUGAAAGUCAUAGACUCAGAAAAGUUAAAACCAUGGAAUGGCACCACCCAGAGAAAAAGGAAGAGAAGGUUCAAGCAGAUAACCAAGAUUUAUGGGGAGAAAAAUGGUCUCAGCCACAAAAAAAUGAAGAACGGACAGAGAACCAAGAUCUAUGGACAGAGAAAUGGUCUCAAACACAGAAAAAUGAAGAACCAACGGAAAACCAAGAUUUAUGGGCAGAAAAAUGGUCUCAGUCACAGAAAAAUGAAGAACCUAUGGAGAACCAAAAUUUAUGGGCAGAGAAGUGGUCUCAGCCACAGAAAGUUGAAGAACCAUCAGAGAACCAAGAUUUAUGGACAGAAAAAUGGUCUCAGCCACAGCAAAAUAAAGCAUCAACAGAGAACCAAGAUUUAUGGACAGAAAAAUGGUCUCAGCCACAGCAAAAUGAAACAUCAACAGAGAACCAAGAUUUAUGGGGAGAGAAAUGGUCUCAGCCUCAGAAAAAAGAAGAACCCACAGAGAACCAAGAUUUAUGGACAGAGAAAUGGUCUCAAUUGAAGAAAAAUGAAGAACCAACUGGGAACCAAGAUUUUUGGGCAGAGCAAUGUUCUGAGCUGCAGAAAAAUGAAGAACUGGUGGAAAACCAAGAUUUUGGUUAUGAGAAAUGGUCUCAACAACAGAACAAUGAAGAUUUAACAAAUAAUAAAGAUGUUUGGGCAGAGGAAUGGCCUCCACAACAGAAAAAUGAAGAUGAUGCACCACAAGAUAAUCCAGAUUUGUGGGGAGUAAAUGAAUCAGAACAUGAUGGAGAAACAGGCUGUAGUAUCCAGGAAAGUGUAUGGAGCAGCACUGAUGAUAACAAUUUCCCAGACAUGUUUUCUUUCUUCACCGAAGACUGUGAUGAUCUUAAACCACCGGAAACCACAGCUGUUCAUGCUCCGCCAUGCUAUUUGUUUGAUGCUGUUCAUUCUGAAUCAGAGAAAUGUGGAGAAAUACCAUCAAAAGAUAAUGAUGUUACUAAAGUCCAUCUGGUCAUUGGAAAAGGAAAGAAAGUUCUCCAAGAUAUAGAAAACUGUCCUCGAGAUAACUCUGUUUCUGAGCCAAUUUAUGUGAAGGGUUACAUGCCUAUGCCAAGAGUUGCUGUUUAUUCCUGUGAACUUGAAAAAGAAUGGCUAGAUAAAGAGUCCCCAAAUCCUAAUGGAAAGUCUUCUAAGUUCGCCAAAUUACUUCACAGAUGUAUGCAUUACGCAUCUAUGGUCUGUGCAGAUUUUUCAGGAUUGCCUGAGGAUGAACUUGGAUCUUCAUAUCGUUCAGGAAGAAAACCAUGUACAUUUUUUAUGGAAGGAAGCUGCAAACGUAGUGACUGUAAAUUUUCCCACGAUUUGUCCAACAUCACUUGUAGAUUCUGGUCAGAGGGAGAUUGCUUUAAAGGUGAUCUCUGUCCAUUCCUACAUAGUUAUUAUGUCUCUGAUAUACCAGUUGAUAUCAAGGAAAAUGUGGAUGAUUAUUUUGAAUUUCAAGAAGAUGAGUUUCCACAGCUUUCUAAUCAAAUAAAGAGACAGAAACAAAAGAUACCUAAAUCUGAGAAGUCAAAUACAUUUGUUGAUUCAAGGAAAAUUUACAGGACAACUGGAGCAAAGCAGAAAUCCGUAAAAUUAACAGAAAAAAAUGAAAAUUAAGUUGUGUACAUAAUAUUUACAUAUCUACAUCAGUGAUAUAAUAUUUUGAACUUUAACCUAUGUUUUUCUUUAAUGUUUUAAUCAAUCAAAAUCGCCAAGGCACAAUUUUUUUUAAAUUUAGUUAAAAGAGGCAUCUUAAAAUAUUCCUUGAAAAAAUGCAUAAUUUGGAACAAGGUUUUAAAAUUUACGCUUUGUUAUAUAAAAAAAACUAGCUGCUUAUAGCUUGUUCUAACCAUUCAGCAAUGUUUUAUAUAUAAAAUAUUUUGUGUAUCCAGUCAUUUUGAAAUAUUUUUAACCCUGUUUAUCAUUUGCAGAUAACUUUCAUUUCCAUAUAAGAUAUUUGAUACAGCCUGUUCUUGGUUUUUGCAUGUAUAAUAGUAUAAAAAAUAAAACUCUCCUGUUUAAAGACCAGAUUUAUAAAUGUAUGCUUGUUAUCUCUGUAAAGGGUUAAAUAUUUUGUAAAUUUACAGUAGAAAUUAAAUGGCAAAAAAAAUUACAAGCUCUUGUUUCUGGAAAACAAGUUCUAUCAGGAAAAAGAAAUGCUAAUCUGUGCGGGACUGUAAAUUGCCUUGCUCAUAGAUAGUUAUUGGAAAUAUUUAAAAACACUUUCUGCAGGAGAGUAUGUAUAUAAAAUUGUUUUUAAACAAAUGUUUGUAUUAUAUUGAAGUUUAUUAAGAUUUUUAAAACUAAAUGUAUAGUACUAUAGUGCAAGUUUGGCACAUUUUUGUUCAAUAGACAAAUAGAAAAUAAGAAAUAUGUUUUUUGCCAAAAGAAAACUUAUUUGAUAUUUGUCUUAAGAUGUCAUUAAUGAAAAUAUAGAGUUUGAAAUGGCUAGAUUCUUGUUCUUAAGAAAGUUUCGCAAAUUAGAUAAAAUAGAAAAGGAAAAAAAUCUUUUGGAUUAAAAAUUGAAAUUGUUUAAAUAAAGUAUUCCAUUUUAAACUCUCGGAACCUUAAAUUUUCUAGAAUAGUUUUAGUGCUCAUUAUUAUAUGGCCAUGAGUACAAUUGUUGCCAAGUUUAUGUAGAGCGAAAUUCUGUUACAGAAUGAAAAAAUAUAUAUGUGUGUGGGUAGAUUUUUAUUAUUAAUACUCUUUUGAUUUUCAUAAUUGUUAUUUUCAGUUAAUAGGAUUUGAUUUUCAAUGUUUUAUUUAAUGCUAUCAGUGUUCAAAGUGUUCAAAGAAUACUGAGAAAUAAUAUUAAUAACAAGCGUGCCAUUAUAGCUAUGCACCAUUUUAUUGGAUGACAUGUGGUGAUAUGUUCAAUUUUUGUUUGUGUUGUUCAACAAUUUUUCAGCACUCAUUUAAAAUUUUGAAAAUUUAUUUGUAAAUUCUCAAAGGUAACUUAAAGUAUUUGGGACUAUGAGAUUCUGGAAUCACCAUAAGCAAUGAUGAUACAAGAAAUCAGAAAUUUUUUCUCUAAAAAAUUACAACCUAAACAAGGUUUAUUCAGGAAAAACAAAAAAUAUUUUUGUGACAAUUUUUUUUCAUCUUGAUUUGUUUACUGGAUAAUCCAAAUCAAGCCACUUUCUUUGCUGUUGUGGUUUUACUUUCUAAUAAUUGUUAAACAAUUAAGGGAAAAUAACGAAAUAAAACAGUAAAACUGUACUAAUUAGGCAAAUUAAAAAGUUGUUGAUCCAAGAUAUGCAUAAAAAGGAUAGCUACUCAGUUUCAGUUUAAUUGUUAAAAAUUCUGGUAUUGAAUAAUAAAUAUACCUGAAAACUAAAAAAAGCAAUGACAAGAUUACAUUGUUAAAAUUUAAAAUCAAAUUUUUAAAACUUUGUAUUUACAAUAAAUAAGAAUGCCUGAAAAUUAAAAAAAGAAUAUUAGGAUAGCAUAGUUGAAAUUUAAAGUAAAGUUAUAUGUUGUAUAUAGUUUAAAAGAUUUAAACAGCUUACACACCAGGGUCUACUUUCAUAUCCAGUGAGUGUGGUCAAAUGAUGUGAUGCCAACCUUAUUUUUUGAUUAGAUACAUACUCAAAAGCAUCAGAAAUUUCUCUUCUACACAUUUCUUUGUUCUUUCUCUUCUCUAUACUUUCUUAAUUCUUUCUUAUUGUUGCUAUUAAUCUUUGUUCCAUGAUUGCUGCCUUUUUCAAAUGGCCUUCUAUUAUUGAUGCUUAAUUCAAAGUAGAACCAUUAAAAAGUUUCAAAUACAAUCAAAAGUAAUAUAAAACUAGAGCAAAAGGAUGGUUUUCAAUUUGAACAAUCUUUUACUUAUAUUGCUAUGAAGGAACCACAAAAAAACAUGCCUCUUGAAAAAAAUAUUGACUGAUUCGUUGUAAUACUUUUAACAGGUGAUAUUUUUUCUCCUUAUUGAAAUCAAAGAUGACCACCAUUUCUGAGGUAAAUUUCAUUUAGAAAUCGCUGAAUAAUGUUACCCAAUCUUAGGAUUAGUAAAAGUUAAGUUCAGUUAGGUUAUACUAGAUCAUUAAAAUUUCAUGGUGUUGGUACCAUAACACUUUCAAUUAGUGUAGUUUGAUAAAAUAGUAUAUAAAAUUGUAUAACUGUGGUAGAAAACAGACUUACAAAAUGUCAUUUAAAAGUAGUAACAUUGUUUACAUUUGAAGUUAUGUCAAAAUUUUAAAGAUAUUGUAAAUGUUCUAUAUAAAAGAAAACUUUACCCAUUAAAAGACUUAGUCAUAAAAUAAGGUUGGCAUUGCUGUUUAAAUCAGUAAAAUGAAUAUCCGUUGAUAAGUAGUAUUAGAUAGAAUUAGAAAUAAUCUUUAACAUGGUAAAUGUUGUGUGUAAAUGUUUUGUGUGCGACGUACGAGUGUUGGGGUUUGUGUAAUUGUUUUUGAAUGUUUGAUGUUUGAAUGUGGGGUUGUGAUUUAAUUUAUUUAUUAAUUGUUUCUGUUGUCAGAAGAUUGUUAAGUUUGUAAAAGUUUUUUAUUUUGUUUUCCAAGUAAGAGCUAUAUCUGCAAAAAAGGAAAACAUUGGAAAGUUAUCUAUUUUUAGCUCUUAUACUAAUGCAGAUUUAUCAUGUUAAAAUGAGUGAUGUUUACUUAACAUAAAAAUAUUCAAGUCUUGCUUUAUCUGUUAAAUGGUUCUCAUUUAUAUUGUCAACAAGUUAGAAAAAUUGAUUUCUUUUUUACAUUAUUGAAGGUUUUUAAUUAAAUCUAGGUUAGAAUAUCUAGGAUCUAAGGUUAAAAAUAGGGGGAUCUAGGAUUCCUUUUGUGGGAAAAAAUUGGUUGAUUACAUAGGGAAUCACUGAAGCAUGACUGGAGCAAGUUGGUUGUAGUGAUCAUGAAAAUAGUGUCAGCUUGUCAUUUUAUUAUAAUAAAAAAAAAAAUGGGAAACCAAACCAGAAAGAGGACAAUUCUAAUGUUCUCAUGGAGGAAAGGAUAGUUAUCUAAAACACCUUCAAGGUUAUUUAUUAUUUUUUGAAUGUUAAGGCACAAAGAAAAUAAAAAAAAGAAUUAGGGCAUAUGAUGUUUUAUUUCAUGAUGCAAAAUCCAAACACACUUGACCAAAUCCAAUUCAAACAAAAGUUUGCUGUUACUUUUGCUAUUCUCCAAAGUCACGAUGAAAAACUAGCCACACUUCUCUUGACAAUCUCAGUAAUUUAAGUAUUUAGUAAAUAUAAAAACUAUCCAUAGGUUAUGUUAAGUAUCUGCAUCACUUGUUUAAUAUGAUAUCUCUGGUUAGAUAAAAAAAAAAUGAUGCAGUUCGCAAUGAACAAAUCCCGAUCACAUAUGUUUUACAGGGACAAAAAUUGCAUUGAAAAUGAACAAAACGUGUUUAAGAAGUGUUAAUCUGCAUGAAUGGAGAUCGUAUAUUAGAUUUCUCGUCUUAAUGUUAAGUGUACAUAAAAGAACUAAAAUUAAUAGUCCAUUGUUUUUGUAUUUUUUAUUUUUAUAUAAACUAACCAUUAAAAAAUGAAAGCUUUAAAGCAAAAAGAAAGCAUGUAAGAAAUGAAUUAGACCAAGUCAAGUUGAUUCUAGUCAUUAAUAGACAGAUGUUGCUUUGAUAUAACCAGAUGUAAACGAUAAUCAGACGUGGAUAAAUAGACAGAUUUGAAAUGACAAAUUUUUAACCAAAACUGGCUACGAUUACGUAUAAUGUAACAGGUUAAAACUGCUAAAAAUAAACAACCAGUUAAAAAAAAAGCUUACUUUAAAAUAUUAAUGCUUAGUAAAAAAGUGGCUUGUAUGGAUUUACAUAAUUUUUAGGAUUGUAUCUAAAUUUUUAUUUGUUUUCUUUGUAAGUAGUUGUGUUACUGUAAAUCAAUAGAACCUAAAACAAAGUUGGCUGCAUGUUUCUUGAGAUAUUAAAAUAAGAUGGAUUUUAGUUUGUUGGUGUUCCCUUUGAUUAUAUGAAUGUUUGUUCUUUAUAAUGACAAAGUCAGAGAAUAUAUUAUCUAUGUUGUUUGUUAGAAGGAGAUGUUGACUCAGUCAAGUAACAAAAGUUGUUAUUCCAUCAUCAAAGUUAGUUAGAAACAUGCAUUCAAUUUUAUAAAGCAUGAGUUUUUGUCGGUACUUGUUUUACAAUGCUCACCAUUUUUUCCUCUAAAGAAGGGAUAUGGUGGGGAGAAAAGAAGCAAAUCGAGCUUCUUUUUUAUUAUUUAUUUUCAAUGGAGGGACAAGCUAAAUAUUUUGUUUUAUAUAAAGUUAUAAGGAAUUAUGACUGGACAUUAUUUCAAUAGUUUAGUAGGACUGAUUGCAAGUUGUAUGAACUUUUUUUUGGAAGGGGAUGAAACUUGUAUUUAUGGAAUAGCAUUGAAUUUUGCCAACAUAAAGUUACAUUGAUACAGGGAUAAUUUGUUUUAUCUUUCAUUGCUAUUCUUUUUUGUGAAACUAUAUGAUUAAAUGUCUAUGAUAUAAGCCUGUACAGAAAUAUAUGUACAUAUUUACACUGAAUGUUGGGUGUUUUGAACAGGUUAUAUCAAAGCAGAUCAUUCAUGCUUUACGUUAGAAGAAGUCAUGAAUUUUGAUUGUAAAUCCAUAAUCUGAAAAGAAGAAAAAAAUGGAAAAAAAAGAAUCAUUCAUUUAUUUGUUUAUUUUAGUACAUGAAUUUAUCACUAGAUUUCAUCUAAAAAUCAUACAGCCAUAUAGUCCUAUAAGUCCCAGUAGAUUCCUUCAUCUUUUAUCCUCAAUAAUCAUAAAGCAUUUUACAUUCUUCAUACAGAAAUAACUUGCAUGAUUGUUUUUAUAACGCUGAAAUGAAUG